AUGUCCAGCUGUCAAUCAUUUGCCCAGUUUCGUGGAAGUGGCCAUACAAUGCGAGUGCGCCAUGAUGUGCAUAGGUGUGAAGGUUGCCGCGGGCGAGCAGCUGCCACAUGCACGUCAACAUCGGGGCAUAAAAGGCUAAUGCCCCGGGAAAAGCGGAGGCCUCCGCGCCAUCGAAGUGCCCCGUGGGGAGACGGGGGCGGAGCAGCUUAG